AUGUCGUCAGGCAAAGGUCAACGAGAGUCGGUCUUCCCCACGCGCCAAGCGCUCGGUUCCGCCAAAACGCGUCUCAAGGGUGCGCAAACCGGUCACUCGCUGCUGAAAAAGAAGGCGGACGCGCUGACCAAACGGUUCCGCACCAUCACGCACAAGAUCGAUGAAGCUAAACGCAAGAUGGGCAGAGUGAUGCAGCAGGCGUCGUUCAGCCUCGCCGAGGUGCAGUACGCUACCGGCGAUAUCGGGUAUAUCGUACAGGAGUCGGUCAAGUCGGCCAGCUUCCGAGUCCGUGCAAAGCAGGAAAACGUCUCCGGUGUCAUCCUGCCUGCGUUUGAGGCGGACAUCAAGGACAAGUCGAACGGCACACAGGGUAGCGGUGCCGAAUUCGCCCUCACCGGUCUCAGCCGUGGUGGUCAGCAGGUCAGCAAGGCACGCGAAGUGUAUACUCAGGCUUUAAAGGUGUUGGUCGAACUUGCGAGCUUGCAGACAGCAUUCGUGAUUCUCGACGAGGUCAUCAGGAUGACCAACCGUAGGGUGAAUGCCAUCGAGCACGUCAUCAUCCCCAGGUUGGAGAACACGAUCAGUUAUAUCGUCAGUGAGUUGGACGAGGCGGAUCGAGAAGAGUUCUUCCGUUUGAAAAAGGUACAAGCCAAGAAAAAGGAGAAGGCCGAAGCUGGCGAUAGGCAGCGUAAGAAGCAAGAAAAAGAUGAUCAGGACGAACAAGAGGCCGAGCAAGACGCGCAAGAAGCGCAAGACGAGCAAGAUGAGCAGGACGAGGCGGAAGGUGACGCCUCCGAGGAGGCCAAGGACGCCGAAGAAGAAAGCAAGGAUGCCACGGCUGCUUCCGCUACGGGUGCUGCUAAGAAGAAGAACAAAAAGAAGAAGAAGAAGGGUGCCAGCCCGACCGCAACGCCGGCGGAGAACGACCAAGAUCAGGGCGGCAAGGAUCUGCUCUCUGGUGGCAAGGACGAAGAUGUCAUCUUCUGA